UUUAAAUUCUAAAUUCGAUUUUAGUUUUAUAUAGCAAAUAGAUGUAAAGUUCUGGAUUCAGAGUUUAAGUAUUCACGUUUUUUUGGUUCAUUUCGGUCCUAAGACAAAAUUAAGAAAAUAUAUUAAAUUAAAACAAUGAAAGCUGCAGCGUCUUUACUACGUAACAUUGGAUUCCCGGGGUUAACCACAAAAGCGGCACAGCUAGAGCGACUUGGGUGGGCAAAACUGCAGACCCAGCCACUAGAAGCUAUAAUUUCUUCGUGUUACAGCGAUUAUUAUUUGCCAAAAUGCCGAUUUAUGCAGUACAUACGUUCCGGAGAUACCACAAAGCAACUCGCAAUGGUGUCCGAGAAUGGCGCUAAGAUGAUCGAGCUGUCAAGCAUCACCUGUGCCGCCCCAGAUAUGGUCAAAUUUAUUGAACAGAGAUAUUGUAUGGACAGUCUGCUAGAAAAUACACAAUAUAUGGAAGUGAAAGAUGUACAACAAAGUAUUCGCUUGCUGCCACCCGUUGAAUCACCAGGCAAGAUCAUUGGUGUUGGCUCCAAUUACUAUGACAGCUACAAAGAACGCCAUGAAAGUAUACCUGGUGAACCAGAGUUUUUUGUCAAGUUUGGCACAUCAAUUACUGGUGCGUUGGACAACAUACGGGCCCACCCUAUAGCUAAGCGCAUCGACUAUGGUUGCGAGUUAGCGGUCGUUAUUGGCAAGAAAUGUCGACAUGUGCCGCAAAACACAGCAAUGAACUAUGUAUUUGGCUAUAUGAUAGCCCAGGAUAUUACCGCGCGUGACUGGAAGGUGCUGCUGGGUGGGCAAACAAUGUUGGGAAAGUCACUCGACACCUUUUGUCCAUUGGGUCCCAUUAUUGUGCAUAAGUGUCAUGUGCCAGAUCCCAACAACUUGUGGAUAAAGACUUGUGUGAAUGGCGAGGAACGUCAAUACGGCAAUACCAGAAAUAUGAUUUUUAAAAUCGACUAUCUUAUACACCGCCUAUCUCAAUUCAUGACACUUUGUCCUGGUGAUAUAAUACUCACCGGUACGCCGGCUGGUGUAGGUGCUUAUCGUAAACCAUCAACCUUUCUGAAGCCUGGCGAUAUAAUUGAAAGUGAAAUACAACAUUUAGGCAAAAUGGAAAAUAAAGUUGUUAAUCCGUUUGCGUAAAUUUUAAGUGCACUCUUUUCACUAUGCCUUCAUUAUUUUCCCAUUUCAUUUGUUUAUAAUUUUAUAUAAUUGCAGCUAAAACAAUUUUACAAUCUGUGUUUUAAGUAUUUGCGGUCAUUUCAAUCGAUGAAAUAAAAACAUAUAGCAAAUAAAAAUGGGUCACGUGAAUUGGAAACAUAAUCUACAAAUA